AUGCCGCUGGAGUGGUCCUGGGGCCUCCUUCCCCUCAGCUCCACCAAUCCUCCAUCUGCUGAAGCCUGCGAGCGUUUUCCUCGCAUUGCUGCGGAGGCACGAGGCCCUUGCCGCAAGCGCCCCUUGGACAAGGUGGACCCGGAUCCUUACGUGGUCGGGAACAAACACAAGAUGGGCCGGACCCAUACCUCGCGCCCCGAUCUCCCCUCAGCCAGUGCCAAUCGUCAGGUCGUGGAGCACGCUGCACCCCUGCAGGCAGAGGUUGGCCGGGAGUACCUGGACAACCUCACCUCGCGCGACCGCAAGAACAAGGCUCCGGCCUCCAAGGCCGGCCCGAGCGAGGAUCCACCCGCCAAGCGCUCCAAGAAGGGAACCGUCAAGCGCUAUCGGAGUCAGAUUCCGGUCGCUGCCGGGCAUGCCCUGAGCCUCACUAAGAGUGCCUCUGGUAUGAGGCCGGAGACUUCUGAGGAAGCCGCCAGAGCCUCACCUCCUCCUCAACCGAGUCCGAAGAAAAAGAAGAAGGCAACUGCCUCCCCCUCCAAGACCGUGCCGGAAACUUCCGCGCCGGCAAACUGUCCUCCGGCAAAGGAAACACCGGAAGCUCCUGCGCCACCCAAGGACGUGCCAGCACCCACGACGGCUGCGCCUACCGGCCAGCCAGCCGCUGACAAGCCACCUCAACCGGAAGGUGCGAAGCUCUCCGCCCAGCAACUUGCUGCGGUGGUCACGGCGGCAACUGCCCCUUCCUCCGGCUCGCGGUCGCUGGUUCUGCACGCCGGUCGCGCCGCUGUUGCGGCCGGUAAUAAGGCUUCAACUCAGCUGGGCCGAAUCACCGAGCUCAACCGCGGCGAGGCUAACGUGGGGCAUCUGCUUGAAUACGCUGAAAAGUGGAAUCAGGCGGACUUCUCCCCAGCGACCCGCGGCCUGGCCAACGCGCACCGCUCCGUUGGGCUCGGCCCAUUUCUUGUUUGA